AUGGCUACAUGGAAGAAGUUGGCAACUCUAGGGAGUGGGUCAUAUGCUACUGUUUAUCUUAUUGCUUUGGAUUUUCCAGACGAAUCAAAUCGGAAGAUUGUAGCUGUGAAGAGUUCAAGUCAUCUCUCUUACUCAAUUGCUUCGCUGAAGAAGGAAAAGAAAAUACUGGAGUUAUUCAAGGGUUGCAAAGAAAUCAUUCAAUGUUAUUUUGAUCAAUAUGCUGUUGAGAAAUAUGUCUCCUACAAUCUUUUCAUGGAACUUGCUCCUUAUGGUUCUCUUGGUGAAUUAAUUAGGAAGAGAGGAGCAAUAUCUGAGGAUACAGUAAGAAUUUACACGCAUAUGCUUUUGAAAGGACUUCAUUGUAUUCAUGAAAAAGAAGUUGUUCAUUGUGAUCUGAAACCAGACAACAUUCUUCUGUUUCCAACAUGGAAGAGUGAGACAUGGUAUCAAGUGAAAAUUGCUGAUUUUGGAUUGGCCAAGACUAGAAAAGAGGCAAAAGCUGAGUUUAGGCUUAGAAAGAUGAAAUUUAGAGGCACACCUUAUUACAUGUCACCAGAAUCAGUUAUUGGUGUGAUUGGAACUGCAUUGGAUAUAUGGUCUCUUGGAUGUAUUGUGAUUGAAAUGAUCACUGGAAUGGAUGCAUGGAGGAAUAUUGAAAACCAAGAGGAACUAAUGUUGAAGCUUUUAUUACACAAAGAAGCCCCACCAAUACCUGAUGGACUAAGUUGGGUUUGUAAAGAUUUUUUGGGCAAGUGUUUUGUCAAGAAUCCUACCCGCAGAUCCACUGCUGCAAUGCUUCUCAACCACCCUUUUAUUAUUUCUGCAUAUCACAAUAACAUGCAGACCAGCCGCACAGCUUAUGAAACCUCUUCUCAAUCUGUAGGGCCUCCUGAGAGGUAUGGUGUAUGGUAUAUCUAUCAAAGCGUUUGUCAACAUCAUAUUGAGGUAUCUUCUCCUUCCUUUUAUGGAGUGAACGAACAGCAAGCUUAG